UGGAGGGCAGAUAACGUGUACGUUGCAGGAAAAAUAAUCAUGAGUUUUGCAUUGCACGAUCAUUAAAGACAACGGUGGUCAAGUUUGCAUUUCAAGCCCGCUGUCGGUGCAAACGACGGCUUGUUUCUCCUCCAGGUCGCUUCAGUGGAGGAGGAGGAGUCAGCCGGAGCUGCGGCCACAUCAGCACCGCUGAGACUAGCCAGCCACGUUAGCAUCAAUAGAUUGAGCCAUGGCAGACAGUAUCAUGAGCAAGGCUGCUACUAUGGAGAUCCCCAUUAAUAGCAAUGGAGACACAGGGACUCUGCAAGAGGAUGACAGCCUGGAGCAGGAUUUGCAGCAGGUGAUGGUGUCUGGACCCAACCUGAAUGAAACCAGCAUUGUCUCAGGAGGUUAUGGAGGACCUGCAGGGGGCAUCAUUCCUACCAGCAGCAUCAAAGACAUUCGCAUGAAAUCCAGGGGUGUUGGCUUGCCUAAAAGCCAAUCUACAGCCAGUGGACUUGCCCAACACACAGACCAGCAUCCAGGUUCCUCGAACAGUAACUCUGGUAAUUCCACUGAAGAAGUUUCUCGGGGUGUGGCCGUGGAGAAAUUGGACAGUGUAAAGAAAUGGGGCAUAAACACAUACAAGUGUACAAAGCAGAUGUUCUCAGAGAGGUUUGGCAGAGGUUCAAGAACAGUAGACCUUGAACUGGAGGCUCAGAUUGACGUGUUAAGGGAGACCAAGAACAAGUAUGAAAACAUCCUAAGACUGGCCACUGCACUCACCAGUCAUUUUCAAAGCAUGGUGGAGACACAGCAGGCUCUAGGAGACACCUUCACGGACCUCAGCCAGAAGUCCCCAGAGUUGCAGGACGAGUUUGGGUAUAAUGCAGAAACACAAAAGCUGUUGUGUAGGAAUGGCGAGGCUCUGCUCGGUGCCAUCACCUUCUUCGUGUCCAGCAUCGACACGCUGGUCAACAAAACAAUGGAGGAUACUCUGCUGACCAUUAAGCUGUAUGAAAACGCAAGACUUGAGUUUGAUGCCUAUCGCUCUGAUCUGGAGGAGCUGAGUUUGGGCCCCAGGGAUGGAGCUGCCAUGGUGCGCAUUGAGAUGGCUCAGCAUGAAUACCAGAUCUACAGAGACAAAUAUGAAAGGCUGCGUAGUGAUGUCACCAUCAAGCUCAAAUUCCUGGAGGAAAACAAGGUGAAGGUUAUGCACAAGCAGCUGCUUCUCUUCCAUAAUGCUAUCUCAGCUUACUUUGCUGGCAACCAGGAGCAGUUGGAACAAACUCUAAUACAGUUCAAUGUAAAGUUAAAGCCCCCAGGAUCGGACAAGCCAUCCUGGCUGGAGGAGCAGUAAAGAGCGCUCUGGGUUCAGCUGCUCGACAUGUACAGUGACAAGCUGGUCCGUGAAGAUCCUGACAUUGUGAUUAUGGACAAGGAUGAAAUGCAUAAAGGUGUACAUAGGAGAAUCAAUUACAGCCAGUGGUAAAGAAAAACAUGAGAUAUCUCUUUUCUGUUUUUCAGUAUCCUGUAUUCAAAAGAUGGUACAACAAUUUAGGUUGUAAUACGAUUUCUUGGUUUGGUUUAGUCUCAAAAUGACCUUUUGUUACUUUCUUAUUCUUUAGGUAGUACAAUCAUUAUCAUGAAUAUCACUUCUUAUUAAUGUACAGUAUAGUCUACUAUUGUGGAGCGAUCCCUUGGCAGUUUUGCACAUGCAUUAUUUUGUUGUUUUUUUGUUGUGUAAAGCGUUAUCUUAUAUUUCAGAGUAUAUCACAUUAGAGGAGUUCCACAAAUCAGAUUAGCAAAUUAGAGGGAUAAUGUCAAAAUAUCUUAUGUAAUAUCCUCUGAAAUUGUACUUAUUUUUCUUAAGUGUGCAUGACUGAACCAUGUUUUUCAAAUUUAGUUUUACAGAUUACGAUCAAAGAAAUCAGGAUAUAGCAUAGUUUUCAAAGAUAUCCCACUUCCUUCUAAUUUUGCUUUGUGGUAUACCUGCUUGAAUGGUCAGUUUACAGUGUUCAUGCAUAGAAGGGGAAAGAUGUAUAGUGAAUAUAGUGAUUUUCUCUGACUGAAUAUACAGUUCAUAAAUAGUUUGAUCAACUAGAUUUUGAGAACCUUGAGAUAUUUCCUGAUGAAUGCAGCACAGAAUGGUCUGUCUUGUUUUCUCCAGUUUACACAUAGAAACAAGCCUCAAGAACAGAUUUUACAAUUAGAAACUCAGCAUUAAGCAAUCAAUAUAUUGGAUGCUUUGAUUAUAAAUACAAACAUCUGGACUAUCAUAAAGAGAUCAAAAUGCAACACAGUGUUUGAUUUAUGUUUUUUUGGAAUUGCCUGUGUUCAACUAAAAAUAGCCUCUGACACUCAUUCUUGAAUUUUCAAAUUCUUAAACAUGAAUGGAAUUACCGGAUACAUCUGAUACCACAUGCAUUAUAGGAUACAAUUCAAAUUUCAUUGUCUUCAAGGACAGAAUGUAAACACACAUUUUUCUUAUCCUUUUAUUUAUUUACAAUCUGUUUGUGUCAUAGCAUUGUAUGUCAUCUACAUUUGUUUUCAGUUUUAGUCAGCUGAUUGUUUUUUUCUUGUUCUGCAUUUCCAAUAAAAACUGCUGGAUGUUUUGUUUCACCUAACUGUGCCGUCGACACAAAUAUGUCAGUUACUUUUGGGAAGCUCUCAAAGAUUAUGUACGAGAAACUCACAACAUAUGUUGUAUGUAUGCACCGUUAAU